UAUACACGCUAUCAUGCAUGUGCCUCACAGAUAAUAUUUAAACAACGUUAGUUUUCGGUUCGCCGCCACAAUUCAUCUAAUCUUCGUUAGUGAACACGCUGUCCUGCGUUCAUGGAUAUUUGAGUGCUUACCAUUUAGAAAAAAAAAAACAUUUGUAUCCUGCAAGAUGCUGUCAACUAAAUUUUGAAAUGGAAAAAACAACUCAAACUGGGGGUGUUGAGAUAGUGCCCCCCAAGACCGGUUUAUUUUGACACUUCGCCGCAUACUAUUUUGCCAGACAAGCAGCAGACUUCAACAUCAUCAAGCAAGAAAUCAUUAUCGUUACAGGAAACUCCAGGAACCACAUAAUUUCCAAUAGAAUGAAUUUUAAGAAUAUACUCGCUACGUUCGUUGUGGUUGGAAUGAUGUGGAUGUCUACUUUGUGUAAACCGAUCCCAAUACCAGAAUCAGCGAAAUCUUCUUCCUUGUUUCGACUCCUGGAUCACAAGCCGUCUGUGAUAUUAGCAUCCUGCUGGCAGUUUAUUCGAGGGUACCGGACGCAGCUUUUGACUACUAUGUUUGUCUUGGAUAUAAGCACCGCUGGUUUUAGACUGAUUACGUUUUGGCGUCUCUGCUGUUUCAUAAUACAUUGCGCAGAAUUCGGAUUCAUGUUCCUGUUAAGCACCAUACGCACCUACAUACAAAAACUGUGAUAAAGACUGUACAUGUCGGAAUCCCAGUUAAACCUGUCAAAACUCAUCACGAAAGUAUAGAAGAUGAUGGAUGGGAGUAUGAAAAAAAAAAGAAGUCGAACCAUUAUCUAAAAUUAAUUAAUAAUUAGUUUCUACUAAGUCGCGUACAACUACAUCAAACCAUUCAAUGUAUUCUUUACAAAUUCACGGUGAAAUAAAAUUAAUACAAAUUGGAGAAAGCUCCAGUAUGAAUCAGCGUCCAUCUAUUUUCGUAUGUAUGUAGCUAGCCACCACCCUAGUUUGAGUCUAGCUCCACUUCAGUAAGCUUCAAUUUCGAUACCAUUCUACAUUCAACAUACCGCUGAAUAAAGUAAAAUAUCGCCAAAGGGGCGAUACUAUCAUUUUGUCAAUAUCAAUAACAAAAAUAAAUUUUAAUUUAAUAAUUUCAAAUAUUUUAUGAAGUUUUGGGUUUCGAUCACUGAAUCAUGCAAUCUAGGAUGUAAAAAACACAAUAGUUCUUAAAUAGGAAAUAAAACCAAGUCUGGAAAUAUUCACUGUUGAUUUUCUUUGAAUGGUAUCACUGCUAGUAUCGCCCUUUUCAAGAAAAAGCGUUGAUUUCUUAGUUCUCAGUCGCGUUGGAAA